GCCCCAUAUAGUCUGAACCGGCCUGCGGAAGAAGGGCAUACAGCAGAACCCGGCCUGGUGGCGGCCGAGGGUAGAAUUUAUAAAAUCACAAAGUUUUCUUCUGGGGCCCGGGUAAAGUCGGGUUAAAAAAAAAAAUCCCAACAAAUUUUCAACAAUAACAAAAAAAAUUCCAGUGGGGGCCACGUUCACGCCGUGUAUGUUUGGACAAUAACCGGUGGAUGAGAUCGUACUUUGACCACUCCUGUGUACUUUAAUCGUUUCUUAAUUUUUUUUGUUCUGCGUGCGUGUUAUACGAACCAGGACACGUAUAACACGGCUAUAUACAUGCCCACCGUUUAGAUAAAUGUCCAACAUGUUGGCUGCAAGGAACCUGCUGCUGCUGCUGAUCGCGGCACAAGCGCUACUGGUGACCGUGGUGAAAUGUCAAGAUGACCUCAGCGAGGAUGGCAGCUGUGUGCAGGACGGGCAGCGCUACAGCGACAAGGACGUGUGGAAGCCGCAGCCCUGCAGCAUCUGUGUCUGCGACAGUGGCAGCAUCCUGUGCGAUGACAUAGUCUGCGAGCCGCUCUAUGACUGCCCCAAAACGGAGAUUCCCUUUGGGGAGUGCUGCCCUGUCUGCGCGUCCAGUCAGCCCUCAUCCGGGCCGUCAAGAGUAAGGGGACAAAAGGGUGAGCCAGGAGAAGUGCCUGAAACACAAGGUCUCAGAGGACCCUCGGGACCACAGGGCCCACCUGGUGAGCAGGGACUGAGAGGAAACCGAGGAGACAAGGGAGAAAAGGGAACUCUGGGGCCUCGCGGCAGGGAUGGCGAACCCGGAACACCCGGAAACCCUGGAGCAGCAGGCCCGCCCGGUCCCCCAGGACCACCCGGACUUGGAGGGAACUUUGCCGCUCAGAUGGCAGGUGGCUUUGAUGAGAAGUCUGGUGGCGCUCAGCUCGGUGCUCUGCAAGGCCCCAUGGGACCUAUGGGACCAAGAGGACCUCCCGGACCAUCCGGAUCCCCUGGCCCUCAAGGAUUCCAAGGAUCUCCUGGCGAACCCGGAGAGACUGGCACCGCUGGCCCUCUGGGACCAAGGGGUCCACCUGGCCCAGCUGGGAAACCUGGUGACGAUGGCGAUGCUGGAAAACCUGGAAAAUCUGGCGAGCGUGGCCCCGCAGGCCCACAGGGUGCAAGAGGUUUCCCCGGGACGCCCGGUCUUCCAGGUGUCAAGGGUCACCGAGGUUACCCUGGGUUGAACGGAGCCAGGGGUGAGGACGGAGCUGCUGGUGCCAAGGGCGAGAAUGGAGCUGCGGGAGAGAAUGGAGCACCUGGGCCCAUGGGUCCUCGUGGUCUGCCCGGCGAGAGGGGUCGAACAGGACCUGCUGGACCAGCCGGUGCUCGUGGAUCUGAUGGCCAAGCCGGAGCUGCUGGCCCCCCUGGCCCAACUGGACCCGCUGGAUCUCCUGGCUUCCCAGGUGCUCCUGGAACCAAGGGAGAGGCAGGCCCCACUGGAGCAAGAGGACCCGAAGGAGCGCAAGGUGCACGAGGAGAAGGAGGCGCCCCCGGCUCUUCCGGACCCAGUGGAGCUCCCGGAAAUCCUGGAACUGAUGGUCUCCCAGGCGCCAAAGGGUCAUCUGGUGCUCCUGGUAUUGCUGGUGCUCCAGGUUUCCCAGGACCACGUGGGGCUCCAGGGCCACAGGGGGCGACUGGACCAUCUGGGCCUAAAGGUCAACAGGGUGAACCAGGUGCUCAUGGUUUCAAGGGUGAGGCUGGACCCAAGGGAGAGAUUGGACCAGCCGGUCUCCAAGGACCUCCUGGGCAGGCGGGUGAGGAAGGCAAACGGGGAGCACGUGGAGAACCCGGAGCAGCUGGUCCUAACGGUCCUCCCGGCGAGAGAGGAGCUCCUGGCAACCGUGGAUUCCCAGGUCAAGAUGGACUUGCUGGACCAAAGGGUGCACCUGGCGAGAGAGGCCCAUCGGGUCCUGCUGGGCCAAAGGGGGCCAACGGAGACCCCGGCCGACCUGGAGAGGCUGGCCUACCCGGUGCCCGCGGUCUGACAGGCAGUCCAGGUAGCCCAGGGGCUGAAGGAAAGCUGGGCCCUCAGGGUGCUCCAGGUGAGGAUGGACGACCUGGGCCACCUGGCCCCCAGGGUGCUCGCGGCCAGCCCGGAGUCAUGGGCUUCCCCGGACCUAAGGGCGCUGGCGGAGAGCCUGGCAAGCCUGGAGAGAAGGGAAUCCCUGGUGCCCCUGGGCUCAGGGGCCUGCCAGGAAAGGAUGGCGAGACUGGCGCUCAGGGUCCUCCCGGCCCCGCUGGCCCAGCUGGUGAGCGAGGUGAAGGUGGGCCACCUGGACCUCCUGGCUUCCAGGGUCUUCCCGGACCUAGCGGUCCCCCAGGAGAGGCUGGCAAACCAGGUGCUCAGGGUGUCCCAGGUGAAGCGGGCAAGGUUGGAGUUUCAGGUGCAAGGGGUGAGCGUGGCUUCCCCGGUGAGCGAGGGGCUCCAGGACCCCAGGGUCUGCAGGGCGCACGAGGCCUUCCAGGAACUCCCGGCACUGACGGUCCCAAGGGUGCGACAGGUCCCGGCGGUCCCCCAGGAGCACAGGGCCCCCCAGGCCUUCAGGGCAUGCCGGGCGAGCGGGGGGCGACGGGCAUUUCCGGCGCCAAGGGAGACAGGGGAGAUUCUGGCGAGAAGGGGCCGGAGGGCGCUCCCGGCAAGGACGGAGGCAGGGGUGUGACCGGGCCUAUUGGACCACCUGGGCCAGCCGGUGCUCACGGUGACAAGGGUGAUGCUGGUCCUGCUGGACCAACUGGACCAUCUGGAGCCCGUGGGGCACCCGGAGAGCGUGGAGAGACUGGACCACCUGGACCUGCCGGCUUUGCUGGGCCUCCUGGCUCAGACGGGCAGCCCGGUGCCAAGGGAGAGCAGGGCGAGACCGGACAGAAGGGAGAUGCUGGUGCCCCAGGUCCCCAGGGGCCAUCAGGUGCCCCCGGGCCCCAGGGUCCUAAUGGCGUUUCUGGUCCGAAAGGUGCACGAGGUGCUCAAGGUCCCCCUGGAGCGACCGGCUUCCCUGGAGCAGCUGGCAGAGUCGGACCCCCAGGUCCCAAUGGUAACCCAGGAUCCCCUGGCCCAGCUGGCCCCAACGGAAAGGACGGGCCCAAGGGCAUCCGUGGUGACUCAGGCCCCGUGGGCCGCGCCGGCGAGCCAGGGCUUCAGGGACCGAUCGGCGCCCCUGGAGAGAAGGGAGACGCCGGGGAGGACGGCCCACCUGGUCCAGACGGCCCCCCUGGUGCCCAGGGUCUUUCGGGACAGCGAGGUAUUGUGGGUCUGCCCGGUCAGCGCGGUGAGAGGGGAUUCCCUGGUCUUCCCGGACCUGCGGGAGAGCCUGGCAAGCAGGGUUCGACGGGAGCAUCUGGAGAGAGGGGCCCACCUGGCCCAGUCGGCCCACCUGGUCUGAGCGGUCCACCUGGGGAGCAAGGACGUGAAGGAAACGCUGGUUCUGAUGGAGCCCCAGGUCGCGAUGGUGCCGCUGGAGCAAAGGGCGAGCGAGGGGAGGCAGGAGCGGCCGGCCAGCCCGGAGCACCCGGGUCACCCGGGGCACCCGGCCCCGUUGGUCCCACCGGCAAAAAUGGCGCCCGAGGAGAUCAGGGCCCUCAAGGCCCCAUGGGUCCACCUGGUCCCUCUGGUGCCCGCGGACUGCCGGGCCCACAAGGUCCCCGGGGAGACAAGGGUGAGACAGGAGAGGCUGGAGAGAGGGGCAUCAAGGGACACCGAGGAUUCACCGGACUUCAGGGACUCCCCGGCCCACCGGGUUCUUCAGGUGACCAGGGUCUCGCAGGCAGCGUUGGUCCAUCUGGUCCCAGAGGUCUUUCUGGCCCCACCGGCCCUCCAGGAAAGGAUGGAAACAACGGCCAGUCCGGCCCCAUCGGCCCUCCAGGUCCUCGCGGUCGCACUGGCGAAACUGGCCCUGCGGGUCCUUCUGGUCCAGCCGGUCUCCCAGGUCCCCCAGGCCCACCCGGCCCAGGCAUCGACCUCUCCGCCAUUGCUGGCAUCGGCCAGACCGACAAGGCCCCAGAUCCCCUGCGCUACUACCGCAGCGACCAGGCCUUGCCCGAGCUGAGGCAGCACGACGCCGAGGUGGACGCCUCCAUCAAGUCUCUGAGCGGGCAGAUCGAGGGGCUGCGGAGUCCCGAGGGCACCCGCAAGAACCCGGCGCGCACCUGCCGUGACCUCAAACUCUGCCACCCCGAAUGGGAGAGCGGAAACUACUGGAUCGACCCCAACCAGGGCUGCACUCUGGAUGCCCUGAAGGUGUUCUGCAACAUGGAGACCGGCGAGACGUGCGUGUACGCCAACCCACAGACCAUCUCCCGCAAGAACUGGUGGCAGAGCAAGAGCGCCGACCGCAAGCAUGUCUGGUUUGGCGAGGCCAUGAGCGGUGGCUUACACUUUAACUACGGCGAUGACAACCUGCCAGCCAACACGGCCGCCAUCCAGAUGACCUUCCUGCGGCUGCUGUCCAUGGAGGCAUCGCAGAACAUCACGUACCACUGCAAGAACAGCAUCGCCUACAUGGACGAGGAGACGGGCAACCUCAAGAAGGCGCUGCUGUUGCAGGGCUCCAACGACAUGGAGAUCCGCGCGGAGGGCAACUCGCGCUUUACCUACAACGUGCUGGAGGACAGCUGCACGAAACACACAGGGGAGUGGGGCAGGACGGUCGUCGAGUACCGCACGCAGAAGACCUCGCGGCUGCCGUUUGUCGACGUUGCUCCAAUGGACGUCGGCGGCCCUGACCAGGAGUUUGGCCUGGACAUCGGGCCCGUCUGCUUCCUGUAAACGCGGAGAAAGAAGAUUUUUUUUUUAAACAAACCUGCCAAGGAAACGCCGUGGCGUCCUGACAACGUAUUUUUUGCGAGGACCCCUUGCACUCACUGGGCACCCAACACCAGCCCUGGUCUUUCCACACGCUUAUCUUUUGGAUUUCAUGGCAGAGUGUUUUGUAUUAUUUCUACUUGCUUGGUGUUUGCGUUGCCUGGAUGUGGGUACCCGGGUAAUUCCGUUUGGUUCUCGACGCGAAUUAUUUUGCAGGCGGAGAACGCGUUUCAACAUUGGUGCUGUUUUUUUUUCAACGCAAAAUUACCACAGCAGAGGCUGGGGACAGCCUGCUGGAAAAAAAUGCACAAGAGCCUGACAUUCAAAAAGCAAAGAGUAAACUGUACAACGACACACGAUAGAAGAAAAAAAAAGUACACAGGAUUAGAAUUGCAACUUUUUGGGGGAGAUUAUUUUUUUUUAAAGCUUGUUUUCAAAAAAUAUUGACAUGACUUAAGAAUGAUGGUACAAACGAAUGGAACCUGCUUAAGCAAUUAGAACACAGUGAGAGGUUAAUGCUUUCCUUUGUAGCUACCUCAAGCAGACAGCAAAAACAAAAAUCAAAGCCGUUGGAAGCCAAAUGCAAGCAGGACAUUUGUAGCAUCCCCCCCCCCCCAAAAAAAAUCACACACACUUGCAAAAUGUGUUCCUUUUUUCAACAACAAAUGGUGCUUUAUGUUUAUGAGAUGUAUACAACCAUCCUAUUUUGCCGACUACGAAUCAAACUUGAACGAGACAAAAAAAACUAUUAAAAUUUCCUGGUGCUGUUGAACAAAAAAAAAAUCUUGCUUUGUGCGCUUAAUGUCGUUAUUUCGUUUUUAUUUUAUAUGAAGUUAUUUCUUCUGUGCUCUUUUUGAACUGCUUAACACUCGGUUAACGCCUAACUAUGAUCACGAGGCGGUGUUAUUUAUGAUUCCCCAUGGGAUGCUGCAUUAAGCGAGCCAGGUACUUCAACAUAUGGCUAAAGAGCGCGUGUUUGCGAUACCUUCUAUGUUUUCCAAAAAAUAGGCAUGUGGAUUAUACAUUUCUUCUGUGAUAUGUUUAUUGUAUUUUUUUUCUUUCCCUAAACAACGAACUGGCCCAUCCUACGCAGCACGACUUUGCUUCUUGUAAUUAAGCUAAAGGGGAUCAUUGUCCAAAACAAAGUUAGUCAAGGUAAAUUGUCACAGGGGGUGGAAGAAAGGAAAAUAUGACCGUUUUGUAAAUGUAUAAAUAGAACCAUUGCUUAUAACAAGUUUCUAUGUUCCUGGAUUUGACAAGGUACAGUGAAGAAGUGGCCUUUUUAUGCUAUCUCUAAAUUAAUCUAUAAUAAGCUUUCUUAAACCCCUAACGCUGUACCUUGUUUCUCUUUUCCUCUUC